AUGGAGGGACUGGAAGAAAAUGGAAGUAUUGUCCAAGUUGGAGAAUUGUUACCUUGCAAGAUUUGUGGAAGAACAUUCUUUCCAGUAGCAUUAAAAAAACAUGGACCCAUUUGCCAGAAAACCGCCACUAAAAAACGGAAGACUUUUGAUUCAAGUAGACAAAGAGCUGAAGGAACUGAUAUUCCAACAGUAAAACCUCUUAAACCAAGGGAUCAAAAGUGGAGGCAUGACACAUUUCAAAACAAAACCUUGAAUGCUUCAGAACAUCACUACUACAGAGGUCUACCAAGAUACGAAAUAGCAUCUGGUGUGCCUUCAGGUAAAGUGUCCUCAGUUAGCAGCUCUUUGGGAAACAAACUUCAGACCUUAUCUCCCUCUCAUAAAGGGAUAGCAGCCCCUCAGGCAGGAACUAACAUUAAACCUCGAAAUUCCACACCACCCAGUUUGGCAAGAAAUCCUACUACAUCAAGUGUGCUUACAAGCAAAAGAAAAACAUAUACUGAGAGCUACAUAGCCAGACCAGAUGGAGACUAUGCAUCUUCACUUAAUGGUGGAAAUACUAAAAGCAUUGAAGGAAAUUCAUCUGGACACUUACCAAAGUUCUGCCAUGAGUGUGGGACUAAAUACCCUGUAGAAUGGGCCAAGUUCUGCUGUGAAUGUGGCAUUCGAAGAAUGAUUCUGUGA